GAGAGACACAACACAACACAACACAAGACAGGGGGAGCAAAAGUCUGGCUUCGUCCUUUCCCCACCCCCUCCCGUCCCCCAUUAAAAGCCGAGUCGUAGCAGCGGCGGCAUCGCCUCUCCGCCCCGCUCCUCUCCCCUUCUUUCCUCCUCACCGGCUCAUCACCGGCGACCACCGCCUUGGACGCGCGAUCCCGCGCCUUGAUUGCCUCCCAUUUGCAGGCUUUUCGGUGGGCAAGAUGAAGUUCGGUUCAAUAUAUGAGGAAUACCUCAGGGCAGAGCAGGACAAAUAUCUUGCUAAAUGCUCCCAUGUAGAGUACAAACGUCUCAAGAAGGUAUUGAAGCGGUGCCGACUUGAUCGCUCAUUGCAAGCAGAUGGCACCAACAGUGACCAGCAGGAGGACAGAAGCGACGAUUCUUCAGAUGCUUGCGACUGCAAUUCUUGCACAUUGUGUGAUCAGAUGUUCUUUACAGAACUCACCAAGGAGGCUUCGGAUAUAGCUGGCUAUUUCAGCACUAGAGUACAGCAUCUUCUAAAUCUUCAUGUUCCUUCAGGAUUGCAACGGUAUAUAUGGCGCGUACGUCAAUGCUUCAUAGAUGAUCAACAAAUCAUGGUUCAAGAAGGCAGACUGCUAAUCAAUUAUGUGACUAUGAAUGCUAUUGCUAUUCGCAAAAUUCUCAAGAAAUAUGACAAAGUGCAUGGUUCUGUUAGCGGUAGAGAUUUCAGGAGCAAGAUGCAAACUGAGCAUACUGAACUGCUGCAGUCACCUUGGCUGAUUGAGCUGGGUGCUUUCCAUCUGAACUGUGAUAGUUCAGAUAUUGAUGAACCCGUAGGCUUCUUCAAGAACGGAUUCUUCAAGAACUUUUCCUGUGACUUGGCAGGAACACAGCCAGUAAUGACAAUGGCCAUUUCUGAAACUAUGAAAUAUGACUACAGCCUAACUUGUCCAAUUUGCUUGGACACCAUAUUCAAUCCAUACGCGCUAAGCUGCGGUCACCUCUUCUGCAAAGGCUGUGCGUGUGGCGCUGCAUCCGUGUAUAUCUUCCAGGGUGUCAGGAGCGCGCCUCCAGAGGCCAAGUGCCCUGUAUGCCGAGAGGUUGGUGUGUUUGCUCAUGCCGUGCAUAUGAAUGAACUUGACCUGCUCAUCAAAACAAGGUGCAAAGAUUACUGGAGAUGCAGACUACGCGAGGAGCGGGCCGAGAUGGUGAAGCAAUCCAAAGAAUACUGGGAGUCCCAGGCCAUGCUGUCGAUGGGCAUCUGAACCACCCCAGCAUCACCAUUCUUUGCUUACAUCGGCGAUCGAUCGUCAAUAACUAUCACCAGCGGCGUGAAGAUUCCUCUAAGAUAGCAGAUUUGAUCCAUUGACUGCUACUCUGCUACCGAGCAUUACUACCAGCCAAGCAAGCGAGAUGUACCCAAAGAUAGCAGAGACUGACAUAACCGGGAAGAGCUUCCAGGGAAGCAUAUGUUCCCUUGCUUCUGAUGUUGCUGUCCAGCUCGUCGGAUCCAACCAAUUCCUUUGUUUAUUCAGGAGAUUGUACUUAGUUUGGAGUGGUUGUGCUCAGUUCAGCUAUCUUUUCCUACCUGUCUACUUUGUGCUCUCUGCUUUUGAACACGAAAUUCCCAAAUGAAAACAGCUGGAAUUGGACGCAA